GUGCCCUGCAGCUCGCGUCUGAGCGGCGGCGUGCGGAGUGGGUGGCGCAGGGCAGGGGUGGUAUAUCCUGUCUGACGGAGGGCGGGUCCGGCCAGUGCCUACUGAGGGACUAGCCGGGGCGGAGGCGCCAGGAGCAGCAGCCGGGAGCUCUCACGCGGACCAUCGCUCUAUGGCCAUAGGGAGCCGCUGAGAGAGGAGAACACGCGCUCACUCGCACCCCCGGCUUGCACUCUCGGCUCCCCUGGCCUGCGCUCGCCCUCUCGGCUCCCCUGGCCCCGCGCCUCCCGCCACCAUGAACCACUCGCCGCUCAAGACCGCGCUGGCGUACGAAUGCUUCCAGGACCAGGACAACUCCACGCUCGCUUUGCCCUCUGAUCAAAAGAUGAAGACCGGCACGUCGGGCAGGCAGCGCGUGCAGGAGCAGGUGAUGAUGACCGUCAAACGGCAGAAGUCCAAGUCGUCGCAGUCGUCCACCUUGAGUCACUCCAACCGAGGUUCCAUGUAUGAUGGGCUGGCUGACAAUUACAACAACUACGGCACCACGAGCAGAACCAGUUACUUCUCCAAGUUCCAGGCAGGGAACGGCUCGUGGGGAUAUCCGAUCUACAAUGGGACCCUCAAGCGGGAGCCUGACAACAGACGCUUCAGCUCCUAUAGCCAGAUGGAGAACUGGAGCCGGAACUAUCCCAGAGGCAGCUGUGCCACCACGGGCGCUGGCAGUGACAUCUGCUUCAUGCAGAAAAUCAAGGCAAGCCGCAGUGAGCCUGACCUCUACUGUGACCCAAGGGGCACACUGCGCAAGGGCACCCUGGGCAGCAAAGGCCACAAGACCACCCAGAACCGAUACAGCUUCUACAGCACUUGCAGCGGUCAGAAGGCGGUCAAGAAGUGUCCCGUGCGGCCGCCCUCCUGCACUUCCAAGCAAGACCCCGUGUAUGUGCCGCCCAUCUCCUGCAACAAGGACCUGUCCUUCGGCCACUCGAGGGCCAGUUCCAAGAUCUGCAGCGAGGACAUUGAGUGCAGUGGACUGACCAUUCCCAAGGCUGUACAGUACCUGUGCUCCCAGGAUGAGAAGUACCAGGCUAUCGGUGCCUAUUACAUCCAGCAUACCUGCUUCCAGGACGAAUCCGCCAAGCAACAGGUCUAUCAGCUGGGGGGCAUCUGCAAGCUGGUGGACCUCCUCCGCAGCCCCAAUCAGAAUGUCCAGCAGGCUGCUGCCGGGGCCCUGCGUAACCUGGUUUUCAGGAGCACCACCAAUAAAUUGGAGACCAGGAGGCAGAAUGGGAUCCGUGAGGCUGUCAGCCUCCUGAGGAGAAGCGGGAGCACUGAGAUCCAGAAACAGUUGACUGGGCUACUGUGGAACCUGUCUUCCACUGAUGAGCUGAAAGAGGAGCUGGUGGCCGAUGCCCUGCCUGUUCUGACUGACCGGGUCAUCAUCCCUUUCUCUGGCUGGUGUGAUGGUAAUAGCAACAUGUCCCGGGAAGUAGUGGACCCCGAGGUCUUCUUCAAUGCCACAGGCUGCUUGAGGAACCUGAGUUCAGCUGAUGCUGGCCGCCAGACUAUGCGGAACUACUCUGGGCUCAUUGACUCCCUCAUGGCCUAUGUCCAGAACUGUGUGGCUGCCAGCCGCUGCGAUGACAAGUCUGUGGAGAACUGCAUGUGCAUCCUGCAUAACCUCUCAUACCGCCUGGAUGCCGAGGUGCCCACCCGCUACCGCCAGCUGGAGUACAAUACCCGCAAUGCCUACACCGAGAAGUCCUCCACUGGCUGCUUCAGCAACAGGGGUGACAAGAUGAUGAACAAUAACUAUGACUGCCCACUUCCUGAGGAAGAGACCAACCCCAAGGGCAGCAGCUGGCUGUACCACUCAGAUGCCAUCCGCACCUACCUGAACCUCAUGGGCAAGAGCAAGAAAGAUGCAACCUUGGAGGCUUGUGCUGGGGCCCUGCAGAACCUGACAGCCAGCAAGGGGCUGAUGUCCAAUGGUAUGAGUCAGUUGAUUGGAAUAAAGGAGAAGGGCUUGCCACAAAUCGCCCGCCUCCUGCAAUCUGGCAAUUCGGAUGUGGUGAGGUCCGGGGCCUCUCUGCUGAGCAACAUGUCUCGCCACCCUGUGCUGCACAGAGUGAUGGGAAACCAGGUGUUCCCGGAGGUAACCAGACUCCUCACUAGCCACACCGGCAAUACCAGCAACUCUGAGGACAUCUUGUCCUCAGCCUGUUACACUGUGAGGAACCUGAUGACCUCACAGCCUCAGAUGGCCAAGCAGUACUUCUCCAGCAGCAUGCUCAACAAUGUCUUCAACCUGUGCCGCAACACCGCCUCCUCACCUAAGGCUGCAGAGGCUGCCCGGCUACUCUUGUCUGACAUGUGGGCCAGCAAGGAGCUACAGAGUGUCCUCAGGCAGCAAGGUUUCGAUAGGAACAUGAUGGGAAACAUAGCUGGGGCCAACAACCUCAGAAACUUCACCUCCCGGUUCUAAGAAGAGAGUGUUCAAACAAGCUCAACUUGCAGGAAGACAUGACCCAGCUGAGAAGACCUCAAGCCUUGUGGAUGGGUUACCUGCUCCAUCCUGUGCAGUAUUUGGAGACGUUCAGAUGCAACCAAGAGCAGCCGGAAAACUGUGGAUGAUGGAAAUAAUUUUUGAUUCUUUUUUUUUUUCCUUAGGGGAACUGCAGGCUAUAGGGUUGGGGAGGUGGGGUGGGGGGACUUUCUUGAGUUAAAGGGACUUACAUCUGAUGUCAAUACUUUCUUCUCUGAGAAACAGUAUAUAUAUAUAAUGUGUAUAAUGUAAGUAUGUGUGUGUGGUGUACCUGUGUGUGUUCAUGCAUAUGUUCGUGUGUGUGUGUGUGUGUGUGUGUGUGUGAGAGAGAGAGAGAGAGAGAGAGAGAGAGAGAGAGAGAGAGAGAGCCUAGAAGCAUAACCAGCGAGAGAAACAACAGGUUGGGUGUGCUGAUCCUUUGCAGUUCACAGGUAGCACAGGGGACUCUCCGUGACUCCCUUUAUAGACAUGUGGGUUGCACCCACCAGAAAGCUUUAGCCAUCAGAGCCCCAGACUUCAGAGAGCCUUUAAGCAGCUAUUUCAGGAGAAAGGAAGAAAGGAGAACGGAAAUAAGGAGAGCACCCGGAGCCAGAGAUGUGGGGAUCGUUGCUUGUGCUCUCUCAUCUCCUCAAGGGGAAGGGGUGGGAAGAGGUGAGCACGGGGCACUGCCUGCUUAGGCUUCUCACAGAACAGAGAGGAAAACAGAGAACUAUUCGCAAGGUGCCUCAGACCCAGCUUGCUGAGUGCCAGGUGAGGGAGUUCCCAGAGGCUGAAGGAAGGAAAUCUGGAUGGAUAGAUGGAUGGAUGGAUGGGGAAAAGGAAGUGUCCUGUUAGGGCAUCAGCUAGCCCACAUCCCAGCCAUCAGCCUCUUUCUUCAUGAACCUUGGCUGUCCUGUCUGUACUCUGUGAAUCAAAACUGCCUAGUGAGGUGGAGGCAGCCAACCCCAGAACCCCACUGCAGACAGUAGUACCAAAAGACCGUCUGAGAACCCCAUAAGUGAGCCUAUCUGUGUGAAGCCCCCUAGGACAGACGACUGGAUGGGACAGAGCUGAGCCUUCCCCCAGAGCCUCUCCUGUCUAGGCUAGCACUUGGUGUGGUUAGUGCUGGGUGGACAAGAGUGAUCAGGGCCACACCUCUCUCAAGGAGGAGGAUAUAGACUGCUCCCUGGCCCAUCCCUCUCUUUAUCCCAGCAGUAAGACUGAAAAACCCCUCUGUGGCUCAGGGUAGCCUAGUCAAAGAUUUGUCCACUGAGGAUAGAGGAGAUCAGAUACAUGAGGACAUUGUCGCUGAGAGGUGUCCUAAGCCAUCUAUCUACCCAGUAUGCUCUGGCACUGUGAGUCUGCAACAUCCUUCCCUGUUUGGCUCAUGUAGGAAUCUG